GCCGGUAUUACACUAUCAAUACUUGAGUUGAGUACAGAGUAUAGGUAGUUGAGUUUAGGAGUCGGAGUUUUGUGUAUGCUGUUCGACGACAUGGGACGUUGAUAGUUAUGAUUCUCUCAUUUCAUUGCACAAGACGACCUGAUGUGAUCCGAGAGGGAUAAUAGCAUAUGAAUGUGAGGUAAAAUAUAUGAGCAAAGUUGUGGCCAUUGUUCUCCCGGUUAUAUUUACACUCUUUAACUGCAGUAAAUGCAACUGUUGAGUAUUCGCUUGAACUCUGUAACACUGAGGAUUUCGCAGUUUUCCGGUUAUAUGAAGAUGUCAAUUUCUGGCUUGUCUGUUGAACACCACUGAUGAAGAGUGUGCUGUGUAUGACACUCAGUAGAGAUUUGCUUAACGGUGGCUUCAACGCAACAUCUACAAUGCGGACCCCUGAAUGCUCUUGUAAAAGGGAAAAAGCACAAGGAGAUUGAGAGUACAAGAGCUGAGACUCAUGGAAGUGGACAUGGUGCGCAUGUUACUCUUAAGGAGGAGGCAAGAGCGUCGAAGGUGGACACGUCAGCUUAGUGGAAUGAGGCACCAUGCAAUAUGGCAACGUAACCUGAGGGACGAGAUGAAUCCAUUUGAAAUGCCCGAGAGCAACUUCAUGGCAAAAUACAGACUGAGUCGGGAGGUGGUCUGUAAUUUGGUUGAGGAACUGCGGCCGUACGUGAAAGGCCGUCAAAGAACUACAGCCAUUCCUCUGCACUUGAAGGUUUUGACAACUCUUCACUUCUUGGGACAUGGGUCUGUUCAAAAGGGGGUAGGGGCUGACAAUGUAGCUGCCAUGAGUCAGCCAAGCGUUUCAAGGUGCAUUGAUGAAGUUGUGAAGGCUCUUAAUGUGCCUGCAAUUCUGAGGGCUGGUGUCCCCUUUCCUGAUACACGAGAAGAAAGGUUUCGUAUUAUGCAAAGGAACUUCAGAUGCUCAUCCAUUCAUGGUGUCAUUGGGCUUGUGGAGGGAGCUCAUGUAAUUAUUGCAGCUCCUGAUGUUCACGAAGAGCAGUAUGUGAACAGGCAUGGCACACAUUCCCUGAAUGCUCAAGUGGCAUGCGACUCGGACAUGAUGAUCAUAAAUAUCUUGGCACGAUACCCUGGGUCAUUGAGUGACUCCUUUGUGUGGGCCAGUUCUGCACUUAGAUCGAAAAUAGAAGAGUUGUAUAGAGGAGGAGAAGAAUGCUGGUUAUUAGGGGAUUCUGGAUACCCUAAUGAACCGUGGCUCCAUAUACCAGUAACUGAUCCUCUACCUAACAGCAGAGAAGCCAGUUUUAAUCAAGCCCACAUGAUAGUUAGAAGCAUUGUGAAGAACACAAUAGGACACCUACGCAACAGAUUCAGGUGUUUAAAUAAACACAGAGUACUGGAAUACAACCCAGUGAAAGCAGGCUUCAUUACAAAUGCGUGUGCAGUUUUGCACAACAAAUGUGUGACUGCUCAUAUUCCUCUGCCUCAAUCUGAAGCAGAUCACAGUGACAGCAGCAGUGAUGAAGAUGAGCCACCACCAGUGGUGAAUGAAGGCCACGCAAGAGACAGAUUGCUGCAGGAGGCUCGAGUUGUCAGAGCGGGAAUUAUUGCCAGAUUGCCCCCACUUCCACCUGGUGGGCCCUACAACCCUUGCAGGGCCCAUUCACAUUACUAAAGAUAGUAUUUGUCUCAAAUUUUCAGAAACAUGGAAUUUCUUUUAUUAGAGUAGAAUCCCCAUGAAUUUCCUCCUGUGGUUAAUUUACUAUGUGAUAGAAAUGUUUGUUUUAUAUCUGUGCUGCAGUCUGUGUGAAAUUUGCAUUCCAUACUAACCGUUUCAGCACAGUAACCAAUUUAUCUUUCAGUAAGCUUGUCCCCAGUUAAAGUAACAGAUACUGUGAGGUAACAGACACUGUGAGGUAGCCAUCUUUGAUUUUUAUGUAAUGAAAAUGAUGUUAACUCUUUAGAUAAGAAUUUAUUUCCUCAAUCAAGACAAAUUACCUUUUAAAAGCAAGUCAGCAUGUUACAAUUUCCUCUGUAUUUUAGUGAAAGUAUUGUUUCAUUAGUACUGUAAUGAAAGUCUGAGUCAAAUUUGUACAAACAUGAUUUAAUAAAUUAGUAUAAAAGCAUGAAUACAUAGUUUGCAUCACUGACAUGAAUUUUUAAUUAUGCUUCAUUGCUUGCUUCGAUUUCAAUGUCUGAUUAGAAUGUAAUAUAAUUCAAACCAAAUUUCGCUGUUUACACUACUCAUUGUCUCUCCUAUGCCUCAGGUACUCCUCCAGUCUGGAAGAACAUACAACAGUUAAACAAUAAAUAAGCUGGGGAAAAAUCAAAAGAUUGAAAUUUAUUUGAAAUUUACUCCUUCAUGGCUCAUACAAACACGCCAGCUGCUCCUACAAAUGCCUCACCUGUAUUUUCAAUGGCAACAGUUCUGUGUUCUUCACACUGAAGCUGUGCACGUCUGAUGGUGUUUUGCUCCUGCAUCCAUAUCAACUGUUGUCUGGUGUUGUCUACCUGAGGAUCAUCAUCUUUGGCAGCUGCACCACCUACAUUUACCAAAAUAAUCUAAGUUACAAGAUCAAAAUAUUAAAAAACGAUUAACUUCUGCAGAUUAACUUUAGGUGAUAAUGACAAUGGUACUAUGUUUGCACUUCUUCACAAUUGUAGCACACGAAGAUUCAGUUACAUGUGAAGCAGGAAUGAACCCUGAUAUAUAGAGCAUACAUUCUUAUGGUGAAGCCAAAGAUUUUGUAGUCAGAGCUGGUGAUACAUUGUCUGAUGAAAUAUCCAAUGCAGACAUUAUGGCUGGUCCUUCCAGUGGAAGGACAACACAUUCGCCCAUUUCCAUUGUAUCUUAAUCAUAUGAGUAAUUUUGGGUGUCCUGCAAUACAGAAUUACAUUAGUUGAAUUUAGGAAAUCUUUGAAACACUCACUGAUGUUUACAGGAAGGAAGGUAGUAACUGCACAAGUAUCUUGCGAAAUGGCUUAUGAAACAAGGCUCAGAGACAUUGGCAUCCACAUGUCUUGCUAGAGGCCAAAGAAAGUACACCAAUACCUGACAUGCUAUGAUUAAGGUGUCUGGUACUUCUUCAUGUCCAGAAACAACGCACGGACCCAAGAAGACAGGAGGCCGCCCCCUGAGACAGGUCAGGGGCUUAGCUUUUGUACUUAGUCCUCCUCCUGUUUUCUGUGUUUCCUUCUGUGCUAGAGAAGCUUUUGCCUAUACAUCACUUCUCCGUUCUUGCCAUGUCUCAUAUGAAAUAGACAUAAAAGAAAAUAAAUAAAUGAGCUCCAACAUUGAUGCGUAAUAUUUAGUGAAAACAGUCUGUAAUCAGCAUUGCAUCACAGUGUACGUACGUUACCUUCAUCCAUUUAUCUGCUGUUGUCAAUGCUCUGUUGGGCAGGCUGUUGAGCUUGGUUGCAGAUUGUUUGCAAAAGUCUCUGCUUUUGUUAGACUCCAUCUGUUCCUGUGACUCCCAGUCUGUAGUGCUGUAUGUUUCAUCAUGAAAUCCAACAUCAGCAUUCACUGCUUUGUGGAGAUUCAUGUAAACUAAUGUUUUCGGGACCUUACCUACACAACACAU